AUGGCGAGUGAUUCAACUGAAGUAAUACUUCAUGUAGCCAUGUUCCCAUAUUUUGCAUUUGGUCACAUAAGUCCCUUCGUUCAACUUUCUAAUAAGCUUUCUCUUCAUGGAGUUAAAGUCUCUUUCUUCUCAUCUCCUGGUAACAUUUCACGCAUCAAAUCCACACUAAAGCUUAGUCCUAAUGCCCAAAUAAUCCCUCUUACAAUCCCACAUAUUGAAGGUCUCCCACCUGAUCUAGAAAGCACCUCCGAUAUGACACCUACCAUGGUCGAACUUCUUAAGCAAGCUUUAGACCUCAUGCAACCAAAAAUCAAGACGCUCUUAUCACAACUCAAACCCCAUUUUGUGUUCUUUGAUUUCGCGCAAAACUGGUUUCCAUAACUAGCUUCACAACUUGGCAUCAAAUCAAUUUUCUUCUCUGUUUUUACUUCCGUUUCAGGUGCUUACAUUAUGGUGCCUGAAAGGCGAAACGACCACACAAUUGAUGAUCUAUUGAAACCUCCCAAAGGAUUCCCGGUAACUUCAAUUACCUCUCUCAGAAAAUUUGAGGCUCAAGAUUUGGGAUACGUGUUCGUGAACUUCGACGGAAAUCCUUGUGUUUAUGACAGAGUCCUUGAUGGCCACCACAGCUGCGAUGUUAUUGUUAUGAAAACAUGCAAUGAACUGGAAGGUUCUUACGUCGAUUUCCUGAGAAGCCAGUUUCAAAAGUCUGUUCUUUUAACUGGUCCACUUGUCCCGGAGCCACCAUCUGGUGAGCUUGACGAGAGAUGGUCUAAGUGGCUUGGUCUGUUUCCCGCAAAGUCAGUGAUAUUUUGCUCUUUUGGCAGCGAAACAUUUCUCAAUGGUGACCAGAUAAAACAACUGGCUCUGGGCUUGGAACUGAGUGGUUUGCCAUUUCUUCUGGUCCUAAAUUUUCCUGCUAAUGUGGACUCCCAAACUGAGUUGGUUCGUGCUUUACCAGAAGGGUUCAUGGAUAGAGUGAAAGAGAGGGGUGUUGUGCACACAGGGUGGGUGCAACAGCAGCUCAUUUUAGCACAUAAUAGUGUGGGUUGUUAUAUUUGUCAUUCAGGAUUUAGUUCAGUGAUAGAAGCAAUAGUGAAUGAUUGCCAAUUGGUUCUUUUGCCUUUUAAAGGUGACCAGUUCUUCAACGCCAAGCUUAUAGCUGGGGACCUGAGGGCUGGGGUGGAGGUGAAUAGAAGAGAAGAUAACGGGCAUUUUGAUACGGAGGAUAUAUUAGAGGCUGUUAAAACUGUUAUGGUGGAUGUUGACAAGGAGCCAGGUAUGUGUAUUAGAGCAAAUCAUAAGAAAUGGAGAGACUUCUUUUCGAAUGAAGGGAUUCACAAUAAGUUUGUUGCGGAUUUGGUGAAGGAACUGAAAGUCGUUGCUUAAGUAAACAUGAAUGCAAUUGGCUCAAUAAUGUUGUUUGCGCUUUUGGUUGAAUAAAAGCUCUAUUUUUUCAAGUAAAUGUCACUUUUUCUUCGAGAA